UUUUCUUCUUUUUUUCUACAUUUCACUCGGACACUGCUGCAAAAUAAAUCAUCUCCAACCUCCCAUUCUUUACUCCAUAACCAACAAAUUAUCCCCAUUUAUACAAACAAAACAAACAAAAAUGGAGGACAAAAAUCCACCCACAAAACCUAGAGUGGUCUGUUGCAUAGGCGAUAUCCAUGGCUACAUAACAAAGCUUCAAAAUUUAUGGUCAAAUCUUGAAUCUUGCAUUGACCCAUCUGAUUUUUCCACUGCCCUUAUAAUUUUCUUGGGUGAUUAUUGUGAUAGAGGUCCAGAUACUCAUAAAGUUUUAAACUUUUUAAUUUCUUUGCCCUUAAAAUACCCAAAGCAAACCCAUGUUUACCUUUGUGGAAAUCAUGAUUUUGCUUUUGGAGCAUUCUUGGGUGUACUACCAAAUCCAAUUGAUGGAUCUGAAUUUAAAGAAACAUGGAAAGAAUAUGAAAUGAAUGAGGAAAGAGAAGGGUGGUAUAAAGGUGAUAACUUUGAGAAUAUGCAUUUACAAGGGAGAAGAUGGGCAGGAAAUCAUACUGUUAAGUUUAAUACGAUAAAGGGUAUUGAGUAUAAAGGUUCUAUUUAUGAUGCUGCUCCUACUUUUGAAUCUUAUGGUGUUCCUCAUGGUUCUGCUGAUCUUAUGAAGGCAGUUCCUGAUGAGCACAAGAAGUUUCUUGCCGAUUUGGUCUGGAUUCACGAAGAGGACGAUGUUUGCAUAAAAACUGACGAAGGAAUUAAAAGCUGCAAACUGAUUGCUGUUCAUGCUGGUCUGGAGAAAAACAAAGAUGUUGAAGAGCAGAUUAAAACCCUUAAAGCAAAGGACACAAGGAUCUCUAAGGUGGAAGCCCUUAGCGGAAGGAAGAACGUAUGGGAAAUCCCUCAGGAACUGACUAGAACUCCAACAAUCGUCGUAAGUGGUCACCAUGGGAAAUUCCAUAUUGAAGGUUUAAGACUGGUAAUAGAUGAAGGUGGUGGACUAGAAGGUAAUCCAGUGGCUGCAGUAGUGCUUCCUUCAAUGGAAGUUGUACGGGAUACUGAUCAUUUGGUGAAAUAGAUUAUCGUUUCUGUUUAAAUCAGAAAUAACCAAAGUAAAAAUAAAAAUAAUAGUAGUUGACUCUGCCUCUUCCAUUUUUCUUUGGCUAAAAGUUACAUUUGUUGAAUGUAGUGAAGAGAUUUACACAAUAGCCCUGUAUUGAACAAACUUCAAGCCGGUAGAGAAUCAUAUUAUGUCGUAGAUUCGCUACUACUUUUUGAUA